GAAAUUUCGUGAUUGAACACGCAGUUUAUGUGAUACAAAGAAAAACCUUCUCUCAAAAAAAAAAAAAAAAAAAAAAAAUCAAACUACUAUUCGAUAAAAUUGGAAAUUCCAGCCAUAUUACGACUCAUAUCACCAAUGAGUUAUUUCUUCAAAAAAGAUCACAAACGAGUUAUAAAAGGAAAUGCUCAAGGGUUUAACGGAAAUUACAGGCUACAGACCUCACCUUUAGAAAUGGUUGCGCUCUCAACAUGGCUGCGCUACAUUGGAACCAAAUUUGAUUACUCUGUCUCCGUCGCAAAGAUGUCCUAUGUACGAGGUCAAAUUGCUGACACGCAAGUACUUGAUACCAUAUGGAAGAACUUUUCCCAUGGAAGGUUGACUUUCUUGCAUUGGAAUAAAGGAGAAGAGAUGGACCCAAUAAUUGGGACUCAGGGUGGAACUCUUCUUGUUCGGAAAAUUCCAGAUCCUGAUCCUACGAGCGUGCAGAUUGGAGAUGUGGUAGUAAUGAAGGACCCUGAAGAUUCAGCCAAUUAUCUCAUAAGGAGGUUAGCUGCAACCGAAGGAUAUGAAAUGGCAUCUAAAGAUGCGGAUGAGGAACCUUUUGUCCUUGAAAAAGAUCAAUGUUGGGUAUUAGCUGACAACGAUAAACUGAAGCCAAAGGAAGCCUAUGAUAGUCGAAUUUUUGGUCCAGUUACCAUGACGAACAUAGUUGGUCGAGCCAUUUAUUGCCUGAGGAAUGCUGUGGAUCAUGGGCCCGUCAAAAAUAGCGAAUCUAGCACGACAAAGGAUUCACCUGUUCUGGAAGUGGAACUAGAUGUUGAUGAGAUGUUUAAGAACCAUAAAGCACAGAGCUAGGUUAUGCUCCGCUCUUUCUUCGUUCGAGCUGUUGGACGAUGCAUGAGUACGGGACAAGAAAUCGUUUUCAUACAAGUUGUGAAAGAAAUGCUGCUAAUCAAGGUAGACUGAUGGAAGUGGGUUUGCCAAUAUUGAGUAUUUGUUGCUCUGAGAUUAUUGUGGUGAUUUUGUAGCAGCUUUCAACUAUGGUUCCAUCAUUGCCACUGCUCAUUGUUCUCAAUAAUUCGGAUUACUUUGGGAUACAUUCUAAUGCAAUUUUUCUCCAAUGAUUUUCUCA